AUGCAGGCCCAAGGCUCCCCUUACGAGCUGAAGGAGAGCCCGGGGGUGCAGCACCCAGCCUUCCCUGCCCACCACCACCCCCAUCAUCCCCACCACCCGGCCUUCUACCCUUACGGCCAGUACCAGUUCGGCGACCCCUCGCGGCCCAAGAACGCCACCCGCGAGAGCACCAGCACCUUGAAGGCCUGGCUGAACGAGCACCGCAAGAACCCUUACCCGACCAAAGGCGAGAAGAUCAUGCUGGCCAUCAUCACCAAGAUGACCCUCACCCAGGUCUCCACCUGGUUCGCUAACGCUCGACGGCGGCUCAAGAAGGAGAACAAGAUGACCUGGGCCCCGAGGAGCAGGACCGACGAGGAGGAGGAGGAGGAAGGCCACUCUUUCGGCAGCGAGGAGGAAGAGGAGGAAAAGCGGGGCCACGAAGGAGAGGAAGAAGAGGAGGAGGAGGAGAUCGACUUGGAGAACCUCGACGGGGAGGACAAGGUUGGACCACUCCUUUUGGACGCAGCAGAAGAGGAGGAUGAGGAGGAUGAGGAUGAUGAGGAAGGCAGUCUUAUGCUGCCCCCCGACGGCACCCAAGCCGUCCCCUCCGACACUUCCGACGGCACCAGGUUGGCUUUCCCGGACUUGCCCGGGAAAUGCUUCCUCCAAGCCGCCGAAGAAGCCCGGCAAUGUCCUUCCAUGCCUCCCCAGCCUUCUCCUUCACCUCCUCCUCCGACGGAGCCCCCCAGCAGCCCCCCUCGACCCCCGCCACUACCUCCUCCUCCGGCCCCCAAACCCAAAAUCUGGUCCUUAGCCGAGACGGCCACCAGCCCGGACCUUCGCAAAGCGGAGCCUCCAGCAGCAGCAGCAGCAGCAGCAGGAGGAGGAGGACUUUCCCCGACGGCGGCCGCCAAUGCCUCCUCCGCCGCUUCUCCGCAGAGCCUCCAGUUGGUGGCAGCGGCCCACAGACUGGUGGCUUCGUGCCCCUUGGGCAAGUUUGCCUCCUCUUGGCCCGGGAGGCCCUUCUCGGCCCAUCAUCCCCACCAUCACCACCACCACCAUCAUCCCCAUCAUCACCCUCUGAGUUUGCUGAACACUCCUCACCUUCUGGGACUGGCCAAUGGAGGGUCAUUGUCGGGGGGCUCUCGUCCCGCGGAUCAGGACCAGAGUCCAGAGGUCUCUGCUGGAGGAGGAGGAGGAUCAGGGACAGAUCCAUCUAGUGUCUUGGAAGUAGAGAAAAAGUUAAUAAAGACAGCUUUCCAACCAGUUCAGAGGCGGCCUCAGAACCAACUUGAUGCAGCUAUGGUUCUAUCUGCGUUGUCAUCAUCAUAAUUAAUUUUUU